UGCAUUUGCCUUUUAAAUACACUACAUUAUCUUUUCACGAAACUCCAGCGGACAGCUCACAGUUUAAAAUCGACAAAGAGAUCACUUUCUGAUAUAGGUCAAGCAAGAAAAUGAAGAAUUCACAGAGUCCUAUGCUACUUUUUUUAGGAAUACACAUUUUCUCAGUGCAGUGGAUGCUGACCCAUCAGCAGGUCAAUGUGGCCUUAAGUGGAAAAGCAACACAAUCUUCCAUAUUUGUUAGCAGUUAUUAUGCUUCUUUAGCUAUUGAUGCCAACAGAGCAUCUAACUGGAGAUCCCACUCAUGUGCUACUACAAAUGCUGACAAUAGCCCAUGGUGGAGAGUGGACUUGUUGGCAGUGUAUCACAUUAGCAAUGUAAUCAUUACUAAUAGAGGCGACUGCUGUCCAGAGCGGAUAAAUGGUGCUGAGAUCCACAUUGGCAGUUCUUUAGUCAACAAUGGCAACAGUAACCCCAGAUGUGUUGUUAUCCCUACCAUUCCUGCUGGUGCCUCUGCAAAUUACACCUGCAAUAUGCAGGGUCGUUACGUGAAUAUUAUCAUUCCCAAUGUUGCCCAGUACCUCACGCUCUGUGAAGUGGAAGUCUACGGAGUUGCAGUCCCUGUAUUUAAGAGGGCAUACCUGAAAUUAAGGUUUAACAGCAUUGAGGAUCUCAGCAACCCUACCAUGAGGGAAACAGUUCUUCAAAAGAUCAAAUCUGCCAACGUCCAGUCAUCAGUAUUUCAGGUCCGUUGGACAAAGGAACCAGAACUGGAAACUGACACCUGACACUUAAAAACGGUACCAACACAUGGAACCACAGCACUGUCUACAGGACAAUAACUGUUUACACAAAAACACUACAGGACAUAUGAAUGAUAUUUGAACACGUGUCAGAGAAGGAAAACACUGAUCGACUGAUAUAUUUCCUGUAAAAGCAUGGGACAUCAGUAUAUUUUUUUAAAAAAAAAGAAAGAAAGAAAU